UGUAAAGGUUAUAUCCCCCUGGGUGUCAUCAGUUGACAGAAAUUUGAAAAAAGCAUGUUAGUUUUGAAAUUUUUUCUAUUUAUCUCAUCCAUUUUGACGAAUAGAGUGGUCAUAGCAUGCUUUAAAAUAAACCAAGCCGACUUAUUCUCAGAAAACUAUGUAAUCUCAUCAUCAAAAAUUCCUACAAUAGAUUUAGCGACUAUAGGAGACACACUGAGAAGUGGUACCUUCACAUUUGGAGUCUGUCCAGAAGAAGUCGUCUGCCUGGAAGUGCAUCUCGGAAUGAAAAAAAUAAGCAUUUUGGAUCAAGAUUUGCACAUCGAUCUUUUUUCCAAAGCAGGAACUAAUAAGCUUAGACUGGACAAAGUAAAGCCAAUAUUUGUGGAAGGAUAUGCUCAUGGUCUUGAUGGGGAGAACCAUGUCUUUGGUUACAUAGAGGAUAACUUCUUUUAUGGACAAAUCAUGACAAGUGAUAAUAUAUACUACAUAGACGAUAUAAGAGGAUACUUUCCACGAGAAAGCAUAAAUAUGUCUAGGUAUAAUGCCGUGGUAUUCAAACGAAAAAGGUAUAAUGCUGGAACAAAUGAAAAAUUAUUCUUGAAAGAAACAAAAAAUAUUGUUAGAAGAUUCGCUGGCGACUGGUCUGAGGAUGGAUCAAACCCAUAUAUUGACCCUGACGUACGGUACAUGGAGUUUCUGAAAACUGGCAAAGUUUGUACUCUAUUCGUGCUGAUGGACAAGUCGUUCCUGAAUAUAUUACAUGAUGACGAUAUUAAGUCCGCUGUAACAAACAUCUUGCAAAACAUAGACCAAGUGGAUUCGAUAUUUCGUUCAACCGAUUUCAACAAUGACGGAGUUCCAGAUAAUAUUGGGUUUAAAGUGAAGCACUUAGCUGUGCUAGUGUCUGAAGAUAGCCCAGUUAAUCUUAUUCCACCCUAUACCAAUAUACCGAUGGCAGGUCCAGAUUACUUAAUCAGAUUCACAAAUUACGAGAUUCUAAGAGACGUAUGUUUAGGAGUUGCAUUCACAGCUCAGUCGUUCCAGAACAAUACCUUAGGUGUCAGUUAUACGGCACUGAAACCCGUUUUCUACCAUAAUGUUUUCAAAUUGCCUGUGGGAGGUAUUUGUGAUAGACCUACGUUCACUGAUGCUGAUGCUCAUCUUAAUGUCCUAGUAAUAUCAAGCAGACUACCAAAUGGCAAAACAGUUCACCCACGUUUGAGCACUUUGAGUCUUGCACACGAACUUGGUCAUAGUUUUGGUGCUCCUCAUGAUACCCAGGAAUGCAAAGGAUAUCUGAUGGGUAGUCACACACCUGAAAAAGAAGAGAGGAAAAACUAUAUAUUUUCUGAGUGUAGUAAACCUCACAUAGUCCAAACCAUCUUAAAUCAAGGAUAUUGUUUGGAGGACAGUGAAGAAGCAUUCUGUGGAAAUGGUAUUGUUGAACAAGGUGAGACAUGCGAUUGUGGCACGUGGCGAGACUGUGCAGAAUUGGAUGUUUGCUGUAUACCAAGAGGUGAAAAACACCAAUGCCAAGUUAACUGGCUGAAGCAGUAUCAGUGUCACCCUUCUCAAGGGCUUUGUUGCACUCAAAGAUGUGUAUAUAAAGACUUAAUACAAUAUGGCGUGAAUUGCAAGCGCUUUGAAAAAGCUUGUCCAUGUCCUCCUGGCGAAAAGUGCACCUGUGGAGUUGAUUCGGAAUGUAUUGACGACACCUGUCAUAGUCUAGAGUGCACUAGAAUGAAUUUGGAGGAAUGUAAGUGUCCUUAUACUGAUGUCAACACAAACGAGGAUAACAAAUUUUCGAAAUGCCAUACAUGUUGCUCAUUCGAAGGAAAUUGUGAAAGCUCAAGUACCGUUGUUCAUACCAUUGUGUCUCGAAAGGAAGAUAUAACUGCCUAUCUAAAGCAAAACUACACUUUUAAGAAGUUCCCCAGAAGUGUCCGGAUCAAAAAAUUUGGGCAUUACAAAGAAUUUUGUAAUCAAGCUGUUUGCUCAAUUUUUUUAUAGGUGGUAUCAACAGCAGUUGUACUCUGUUAUUCUUUAGAGAGGUGAUAGAAAAAGAUUAUUGCAUACUUUUUGGUAAAGUAGGAACCUGCAGAAAGUCUGGAUGCGACGUACCAGGGAUUAGACAAAUAUAUCCAGUUAUAAUAAAAGCCAGAAGCAUUUCAGGAUCUACGAAUCGAUCCGUUGAAUUUUCCAUUACUUCAUAUAUUUUUUUACUAUUAGGUACUACUUGUCAAAUAAUCUUAGACCUUUAUCAGAAAUAAACUCGUGCC